UGGUGAUCCAUAUCCGGUUGUACAAGUUUAUAAAUAUUUGCUUAGAAUAUUGAGUAAAAACAUCAUAUAGGAAUCGAAAUAGGCACAGUAACAUGACUUUCUUUGGCCAGAUAGAUCCACAGUACCUGCCGGUACCAGAUGAUGGAAACAUAGAGGUCAUCCCGUUCCUUGAAGCUUCAAAACAAAUCCUGCCUUUUUUCGGUAAACUGGGGAAAACCUUUGGAGUGAUUCAAUCAGACGUCAAUGGAAAUGUUACAAAAAUACACAACAGGCAGCAAAUUUUGAACCAAGAAAAUGGAGGAGGUGAAAAAAGUGAUAAUUUAAAAACAUUCCGUCAAUUGUUAGAAGAAGAUAUACGAUUAAAUUACCAAAAGAAUGACAAAUCAACUUGUGUCUCUUUACUUUGGUUGAAAAGGGGAAUGGACUUUAUCUGUCGCUUCCUCCAAUCUAUAGUGGAUGACACAAGGUCGGGGAAGAAAUCGGAAUCACUCAAGACAAUCACUCAAAAUGCUUAUGAGCAAACUUUAAAAAUGCAUCACAAUUGGAUGGUUCGACAAGUUUUUUCAUUGGUGUCUCAUGCUGCACCUUGGAGGGCUGACCUCAUCAAGAUCUUAUGCAAUGGAAAUGAAAGCCUUGAAGAUGAGUGUAUAAAUGACAUGGAAAAUUACACCAAGAUUCUACGUCCAAAUGUAGACAACUUAGACUGUUUAUUAAAGGAUCUUAAGAUUGAAGUGGAGGACAAGGAUUGAUAAUCAAACAUAUCCCAUAAUGCAAUACAUUGUGCAGACGGUGGGGGAAGUGCCAGGAUGUAGAUUAUAUCUGCAGGAAAUGAAUGCUUUGAACAAUCUCAUCAAAAUACCAAAGUUUGUCAACUCCCAAUGGAGGUAAUAAAUAAAUAAAAUGAACAAUAAACAAUCAAAAUUACCAACAAAAUAAUUUAUUUGGGCUCCUUGUUUAGAUAAUAGAUUAGAUAUUGUGAUAUCGCCAGUUUUAUUGGAAUUUAUUAUCACAGAUAAAUAAUGAAAACAGACAAAAUUAAUGGAGCUUAUGAUAAAAUACAGUAAAACCUGUCUCUAGUGAACAUCUCUCAAGUGAAUACCUGUGUCUAUUGAACACCUCAUCUCAGCACAUUGACUUCUGUAUAAAAUUGCCUCUCAGU